AUGAAGCCAUCCCAGCUGGCUGUCGACCAAGCAGCAGGCGCAGGCGACAUCGAGAUUUGCACCCUUGAGUGGGCCCACUCGCGAGGGUUGCCAGGCUUUCAGGGGCUCAUGGACAUCGCCGCUUGGAAGGGCAGGUUGUCCGUGCUGAAGUGGCUUCAAGCGAAUAGAAACGAAGGGUGCACCAUCAAAGGGACCACCUGGGCAGCUCAAAGUGGCCAUCUGAAGGUUCUCAGAUGGUUGCGACAUGCGCUUGGUCAGGAGUGCACGACCGACGCCCUGGAGGCAGCCGCAACGGCGGGGCGAGUCCGUGUCGUCGCUUGGCUCCUGCGAAACAGCGGCUACCAACAGGUUUCCAAGACACCGGCGGUUGUCGCGGCGGCGUCGAAAGGACACGUGGCCGUGCUGAAGCUGUUGCUGUCGUCAUCCCGAGAAGAGGCAGAAAAGUCCGAGUGGGCGAUUGCCUUGGCGAGUAGCGGGAACCACUCCGAAUGCGUCGAGCUCCUCGAGGAGGCGGGUUGGCCCGCGAGACCCGCCCUUGCCAGUGCCGGAAACGGAAGCGAAUCGUCAUAUAAAGACGACGAAUUCCCAGGAGAGAAGCCUUAUCGACACGAGGAGAGCAAGAAGGAGCCCAGCAGUCUAUCUGACGGGGAGAAUGGUUGGAUGGCGCAAUUUGCUCAGAUGGGUGGAAGAAGGUGCUCAAGAUGGCCCUUCUUUGGGCGCCCAAACACCGCAUCAUCGGCUCUAAGAAGAAGGAUCACGGACGUCGUACGAGAUGCGGAAGGGUUCUCUGGGGGGGAUUGGGCGGAGCGGGAGAGGGACUGGCCGGCGGUUGGCGGUAUCGACCACGACGACGACGAAGACUGCGGUUGCGAUGAAUGCCGCUUGGUUGCGUUUCUCCAAGCGACAGAGCCGCUUGCGGUCGGCGAAAAACCUAGGGUACGGGAUGUCUGGACGCCGGUUUCAGCGGACGUCCCUGAGGCACCACGUCUUAACCUCGGAGUACUGACCAAAGAAUCCCAAGACACGGUAAUUUCGGCGUACAUCUCGGGCUUGCUCCGCGGCCCUAUGGGUCCUCCCGCCGCCGGCGGGGGGGCCCGCUACCGCGCUCGAGAAAACCCGACUCCUCGCCGCAACAACUGCAGCGGCGGGUCGGACGGUCGUCAGGCCUGCGACAGCGGCAUCUUCGUCUCUACAAUCGUCGCCGUCGGGGGUCCCGGUGGGGACGUCGUCUGCCGAUCACCGGGACCUCGCGGUGACCACAGCGAACGUUGCCACCGCUGGAACAGCCGCUCAUCGAUCGCCGCUUCGGAGGCGCAGGCGCUCCCCCCCAAGACAGGAGCGAAUCCAAGGACGCUGGCUAAAGCAGCAACGCGCGGACUACGGUACUUCUCCCACUCGUGCUUCAACAGCUCCAAUCGUCCCUUCGACGGCCGCGAGGGUGAUUGCAACGCCAGAGAGGCGUGGGGGCGUGAGAACGGCGCCUAG